GGGGCGGGGCGGGGCGCGGUGGCGAGAUGGCGGCGGCGGUGGCGGCGGAGUCCGGCCCAAGGCGCGUGGGCUUCGUGGGCGCGGGCCGCAUGGCGGAGGCCAUCGCGCAGGGCCUCAUCCAAGCAGGAAAAGUGGAAGCUCAGCACGUGCUGGCCAGCGCGCCGACGGACAGGAACCUCUGCCGCUUCCGGGCCCUGGGCUGCCAGACGACCCACUGCAACCGGGAGGUGCUGCAGAGCUGCUCCCUCGUCUUCUUUGCCACCAAGCCCCACAUCUUGCCGGCUGUCCUGGUGGAGGUGGCUCCUGUGGUCACCGCUGAGCACAUCGUGGUGUCCGUGGCUGCCGGGGUCUCCCUGAGCACCCUGGAGGAGCUGCUGCCCCCGAUGGCGCGAGUGCUGCGGGUCUCGCCCAACCUGCCCUGCGUGGUCCAGGAGGGUGCCAUGGUGAUGGCGCGGGGCCGCCAUGUCGGGGGCAGCGAGGCCAGGCGCCUGCGGACCCUGCUGGAGGCCUGCGGGCAGUGCGAGGAGGUGCCCGAGGCCCAGCUGGACGUCCACACUGGCCUCAGUGGCAGCGGUGUAGCCUUUGUGAGUGUGGUCUGGUCCCCGCACCCCAACCCCCGUCCUCACAGGCCGGCCCUCCCUCGGCCAAGUGGGGCCUUGCGGAGCCCCCCGACAGCCCCUGACCCCACGGCUCCCCGGCUGGGUCCCCAGCUCCCCGUGUGCGCCGCCCACCCCACAUCCGUGCCUUCCCGGGCCUUCGAGGCCAGUCCCUUGGCAGACCCCUCAGCUCUGGCCUUGGCUCUGGUGGCUGGUGCGCCGGACCUUGUUCCUGAGGGUCCCCAGCCUUUUGCAGGCUGGGUUCUGUGUCCAGGGGAGUGCUGGCUUUGUCCCCGCCCCCCGCUGCUACAGGUGUGCGCCUUCUCGGAGGCCUUGGCCGACGGAGCCGUCAAGAUGGGCAUGCCCAGUGGCCUGGCGCACCGCAUUGCCGCCCAGACCCUGCUGGGCACGGCCAAGAUGCUUCUGCAGAAGGGGCAGCACCCGGCUCAGCUGCGGACUGACGUGUGCACGCCGGGCGGCACCACUAUCUAUGGGCUCCACGCGCUGGAGCAGGGUGGGCUACGGGCAGCGGCCAUGAGCUCCGUGGAGGCUGCCACGUGCCGGGCCCGGGAACUCAGCAGGAAGUAGGGCGCAGGCACUGGGUGCAGGCCAUGGCCACCCCCCAGCCCCUUCCCGAGGACUCGGGUUCUCUCCAGCCUGCAGGCCAGUGGAGGAGCUGCUUGAGGUCUGGGAGGAUGGGUGGAGGACAGGUCCUGGGCAGUGGGGAGCACAGCGGGGUGUGGGCCCCUCUCCAGACCCUGAGCUCGUGGCAAGUGGCAGGUGGAGCUGGUCCUGAUGACCCUUCCCUGGGUCAAGAGUCCUGGAGGGUCCCAUGGCCUGGCCUCUGACUGCAGGAUUUGGUUCUUAGCAUGUCCGCGAAAGGACCAACAGGCCAGGAAAGCCAACAACUUGGGGCCCUAAGCAAGGACGAGGGGCCUCCGGGUGUGGGCCAGGCUACCUGCAGCCCAAGGCUCACAGGGGCCUCCCCACCCCACACGGGCCCCGGUGCUGGAGCCCCUUCCUUCCACCCACCAGCUGUGAGGCUUGCGGCAAAGUGAUCCCCCAUCUGCGAACAGGCCUUACGCAGCAGCCUGCCCCUCACUGCCCGCACAGCCCUGAGCCCCCCACCACUCCAGCCUUCAUCGGCGGCUGGCCCUCAGCCAGCAACGGCUCAUCUGACCCUGGCCCUUCCACCUGCUAGAAGGCUCAGCCCGAGUCCCUUUCGGCACCUUUUUUUUCACUUUUGAAUCGGGAAUAAAGACGUUGUCCUAUA